AUGACAAUGCCCGCCCGCGGCGGCGUCAGGGGUGCCAUGAUGUUCGGCCAGGGAGCUGCCCUGAUUGUUUCGUCUGUUUGGCUUUUUGGAGCCCUGGAGCUAGCAGGGGACGGAGGGGUUCCGAUGGCAGGCUUCGGAGUCAUGCGAGAGAUGACAAUUUCUGGAGGGGGAGUUUUUGUUUUGAGAGGUUCUUUUGUGAGAAAUGAAUGCGUGUGUGUUCGAAUGGGACUGUUUCUGAUAAUCCAUUACCCGCCCAGGUACGCCGUUGAUGACGGGAUGAUCUCGAAACGGGAUGACACUGUGACACAUGCGGAACGGCUAAGUGUCCUCACAACGUUCUCGACUCCUGUGCUCCUGUCAUUUCACACCUACAGAUACGGACAGUCAGACACACGGGGCUCUCCUCACCGUCGGCCGGCCCUUUCUCAGGUGAGAGAGGAUUAUCCGUACGAACUUGAAAAGAGCCAAGAGAGGUGCGGGUAUGGCGCGCGUAAAAGACACAAGAGACUCGACUGA